ACAAAUAAACAAAUAUAGAAACAAAAAUGCAUCGAGGGGGAUGCAUUCCAUAACUGAUAAGCUGCUGUCUAUCGCUUUGCAUUGACUAUUUGCUGAUGUGCGUAAAUAAUUUAUUGUUGACAUUUUAACAAUUUGUUUUGGAAUACGUAACAAUGUUUAAGGCUGAACAUUAUCGAACAUUGGCAUAACUGGCGCACGUGAUUGCUAACAUUCACCAUUUCAGUCGUCCAGAUGGUUCUUUUAAUCGGACGGAAACGAAUAAAAAGUCCAUCCUGCGGAAGUUCGGCGUGCGAGGUUAGGAUUUUCGCGCAAAUUCGGAGAAGCGUACUAUGGCACGAAGGGGUCGCCAUUGAUGGCGUGCCAGCAGCCAUUUCGUUACUUAAAACACUCGGCAAAGAGGUAUAUUUCGUCACAAAUAACGGUAUAAAGACGCGUCAUGAUAUAUGGAAGACUGCAAUGGGCGCUGGUUUCGAUGUACCCGAAACUCGUAUAAUAGCACCUAUAUCCGGUAUUGUUGAGUACCUGCAGGCACGUGAUUUCCGAAAGAAAGUCUACAUUAUAGGUGCCGAAGCUGUGCGUACCGAACUCACUGCAGUUGGCAUAGAAAGUUUUGGUCCUGGUCCAGAUGUUUUGGCGGGUAAAUUGAGUGACUAUAUUGCACAACAUGUGCACGAUACAGAAGCCCACGAAGUUGGCGCUGUUGUUGUGGGCUUCGAUGAACAUUUUAGUUUUGCCAAAAUGUUAAAAGCUUGUCACUAUUUAAGCACGAAUCCGGAUUGCCUUUUCAUGUCCACCAAUUUUGAUCAUGUACAUCGUUAUCCGGCAUUCAGUGUACCCGGUACGCGUGCACUUUUGGUUGCGCUGGAGACUUGUGUGGGACGUUCAGCGCUGCAAUUUGGCAAGCCGAAUGCGGAAAUUUGUGCAGAGUUGAUAAAGAGCGGUAGGGUGGUGCCAGCGCGUACGCUUAUGAUUGGGGAUGUUUGCAAAGUUGAUAUUUUAUUCGGUCAUAAUUGCGGUCUCCAAACUUUACUCGUUGGCACAGGCUUCAACAGCGUAUAUGAGUUAAAUGAGAUUCUGCAAAAUCCCAGCGAAAACGUGCGUUAUAUACCCGACUUUUUUGUGCCCUCAUUGGGCGAUAUAACGAAGUUAGUCUAAGGAUGCAUCAAAACUCAUGUUAAGGUCUUAAAAUGUUUAACAAAAUUUAUAAAUAAAAAAAAAUAUUUAACAGUUUUUUCUCA